CAGCCCCAGCCCCAGGGCAGAAAGAAAGUGCAGCUUGAGAGGGGAAGCUUAGCUAGUUCGGGUCUGGGGCCCCGGGAGGGCGGGAUCCGGCGCCGCUGCUGGGUCGGCCGUGCAGCCAUGCGGGGCCGGGAGCCCCCGGGACGCUUCACUGUGCCGGCGGAGGCGGAGGAUUCGGUGCUGGAGCUUCGGCCUCAUGUGGAGCGCAUCUUUAGGGUGCAGCUGAGUGUCCUCGGGGAGCCAGAACCCGGGGCCCCCAGCAUUUGGUUGCAGCUGGAGGGCUCCCAGGAGAACGUGGGCAGAGCCAAGGAAUACGUGAAGGGCCUCUGCAGUCCAGAGCUAUGGGAGGAAGUCAACUACCCCCCAGCCCUGCAUUGUGUCUUCCUUGGAGCCUGCAACCUCUUCCUGGAUUGCCUAUGUUGGGGCACCUCGGCCCACAUGGUGCCCCAAGCCCCGGGCUCCCUGUUGCUGGGGGGCCUGGCCGAAGCAUUCUUCAUGGCCCAGAACCGGGUAGAGGGGCUGGCGAAGCAGCUGGGGCGUGACCCCCUCCCGCACUCCAAGUCACGGGGCAUUCCAGAGGCUGAAGUGAAUAGGGCUUUCCGGGCCCUGCUGGUAGGCCGAGAGGAUGAACACUCUGGGGCCCUGCUUCGCUUGCCUCUGGCUGUGCAGGAGGAGCUCUUGAGACUGGUUCAGGAAGCUGUGAAGGAUGGGGGAGAUGCAGAAUGGAUGGGCCCCCUCGAGCCUCUCCCGGAUGGCUCUUCCAGGCCUCGGCCUGGGAAGAUAUCGGCCAAGCCACUUCUGGAGCUCAGAGCGCUCCAGCGUGGCCAGUACUGUGGGUCACGUGGAGAACCUGGAAACAUCAGCCAGACAGAAGAUAGACAGGGUCAUGUAAUCAGGGAGGGCAUGACAGUCCUAGAACUGGGAGGGCGGAACAGGGGCAAACGCAUCUAUCGGGAGAUUCCUAAUCUGAUUCCCAACUGCAGGGGAAAUAAACGACCAGUCAAUUCCCCUUCCUUCAGAGAAGAGAUGCUUGGCUUGAUAAGGCAGGUCUUGGGGGAUGGAUUGAGCCCACUUACCCUCACUGGGCCUCCUAAUGGUGCUAGUGCUUCAAAGAUGCAAGGUUCCCAUAAGCCUUCCUCAGAGCCCCAUAUCCGCUGGGGGGAUUGUCCUUCCAAGAGGAAGGGAGACCCUCAUGGGAAGAGCUCCGAGGAAGGGCCAAAGCAGCUCCUCUCUUCUGAGAACUACAGCAGAGUACGCUCUGCCCAAGUCAGGGAAGCAGGACCAGCACAGAAACAGUUUCAUCACCUUGAGACCAAAGCUGCCUUUAAGUCUCAGGCCACUAUCCCAUUUGCUUCCUGGAAGAACGUGAGCUUCCCUGGGACCUGGGGGCAAGCUAGCCCCUGCAGACCUCUGUGGCUAGGGCCUCAGCAUUGUGGUGUAGGGCACUCAACCUUCUGGAGGGUACAGGAUGGACACUCAUCCCACUUGCCCUGGGGUAUAGACUGGGGGCGCAACUUACCCCACAAUCAACUGAGGCAAGUGACUCCCCUCAAAUACAAGGUGCAAGCACAAAAUCCUAUCCCCGUGAGACUAGAUUGGAAGAAUAGACCUCUCUUCAGGGACCCCAUCUUGGUGCCCCUGUCCUGUAACCCAGGGUGGUGGCAGGUGCUAAAAACAGCCCCCCAGAUGUGCCAGAGACCAGUGACCCUGACGCCUGGAAGCUUUGAUGUCUGUUCAGGGAGCCUGCAGAGAGGAUCUCUUGUUGGUGAUUGGGAACCAGGGCUACUUCCCACUUGGCUCCAUGAACCAAGGCUGGUCACAACCUUUGGGGAGCAAGGACCAAUACAAGAGCUGGUGACCCCCUUCCCAGAGAUGCCCCUUGCCCGGGCAGAGAUCUUAACAGAUAUCCUUAGGGAUGUGUCUUGUGGCCAACCCUUUGGCCCUGUCCCCGUCUCGUUGCUGAAAUACUUUGGGGAACCUGAGAGACAGAGACAGGCAAAUUGCCAGUCAGUACAUUGCUUUACCAGUGGCCCAGUUUUCAGGGAGAAACGGAAGAAGAGCAAAUGUCCCAAGACUGUGGUCAGUGACCAGCACGUGCCAUUUGUCCACCCACAAGUGAAGAACUUGGUGACCAGCUUCCAGCGUUUCCAUGAGGCCCUGAGGGUGCCUUUCACCUUGAGCCUGGAGAACAUUCCUGGGAAGCCCGGCCUUCGUCAUAUCAUCAUUGAUGGCAGCAACGUGGCGAUGGUCCAUGGCCUCCAGCACUUCUUCUCCUGCAGGGGGAUUGCUCUGGCUGUACAGUAUUUCUGGGACAGAGGGCACCGAGAGAUCACUGUUUUUGUGCCCAAUUGGAGGCUGAGGAAGAACAGUAGGGUGAGAGAGGGUCACUACUUGACAAAGCUGCAUUCUCUCAGCCUGCUCUCCAUUACCCCUUCCCGAUUCGUGGAUGGCAAGAGGGUCGUCUCCUAUGAUGACAGGUUUAUGGUGAAGCUAUCAGAGGAGACAGAUGGGGUCAUUGUCACCAAUGAUCAGUUCCGGGAUUUGGUGGAUGAAUCAAAGAAAUGGAUUGGGAUCAUUAGAGAACGUCUGCUGCCUUUCACUUUUGUGGGGAAUAUCUUCAUGGUUCCGGAUGACCCACUGGGGCGGGAUGGCCCCACCCUGGACACAUUCCUGAGGAGAACAGAUGGGUUGGAAUUGGCUGUUAGCAAUUUUCUGAAGGUGUGGGAGAGAAAGCCUCCUGCCAAAUCCUCCUUUCUCCCCAUAAAGACCAAAGGGCUUCAGGGCAAGAAACUUCUAAAGAAAGGCUGCUCUGGACCUCAACAAAAGGGGAAGGUGAAGAAGCUGACAGAAGAUGUGGAGAAACUGAUGCCCAAGGAGGAAGACUCCCUGGAUACUUGUCUAUCUACCGUUUUCCGGGAAGAAUGCCCCUUCCUUUCAGAUGAUAUCCUCCGCUAUUUUAGCCUCCAGGACAACACCUCAGAGACCGCUCUCUCCCCCUGGAGAGGCUCUUCUCAACUUGAUAUCCCUUGGGGUGGGGCUGGGCAGCCCACGUGCCAAAGGGUCCUUGACCACUUGGCUCAACUGAGUGUGCCAACCAGCUUCUCUGCUCUCUCCUUCUUUGUGGGGUUCAUGGGAUGCCACAAAGAUGUCAUCCCUCGCUAUUCCUCACUUGUUGCCCCACUCCAUGGCCUCCUCAAGAAGAAGACACAGUGGCAGUGGACACCUGAGCAUUCUCAGGCAUUUCUAGCCUUGAAGCAGGCUCUAGUGUCAGCCCUCUCCUUGGUCCCCCCAGAUCCCCAGUUGCCUUACCGUCUGGAGGUGGCAGUGAGUGAGAAGACAUUGGCCGCCGUCCUGACGCAGGAGCGGGCAGGGCUGAGGCGUCCCAUUGCAUAUACCUCAAAACCCCUCCUUCCCCAGGAGGGCAAGGCUGCCCUGAGCAGAGCAGGUGGCCUCUGUGCUCUGGCCUGGGCUGUGAGGCGUUUUGCUCCCUCUCUCGGAUCUGUUCCUGUUGUUCUGGAAGCCUCUUAUACCUCAGGGGUUGCCCCAGACCCUGAGCAGAGGGAGAGUCCAGAGACUUCUGACACCUGGCUGGCCCGAUGGUCCCUCCUAGUACAGGAUAAGGACAGGAGGACCUUGGGCACAUCCUUCCUCCCAGGGCCUUUGGGUGACAGUGGCCUCCCAAUGCCCACGCCUGAUUCGUUGCCCCAGUUUUUCCAAGUACUGCCACCUUUUUCUGAUUUGUCUUCCUUUGUGUGUAUUUAUACCUCAGGGUAUUGUUUUUACCAGGAUACUGAGUGGUGUGCAGGCUUUGGAUUGUAUGUCUUGUCUCCCGACAGUCCCCCCCUGUCCCUCUCUUUCUCUUGUUCCCCUCAUACACCAACCUAUGCACACCUGGCUGCUGUGGCUUGUGGCCUGGAGAGAUUUGUUCAUUCCUGCAUCCCUCUGGUUUUUCUGGUUAAUUGUAGCUGGCUCUUCAACAUCCUUAUAGAUCUUCUUCCUCUCUGGCACUCCCGUGGUUUUCUGUCCUCAGAUGGGGCCCCAUUGCCUCAUCCAGCCCUGCUGUCCUAUAUCACUUCCCUGGCUUCUAGCCUUCCCACCUUGCCCUUCCUCUUCAAAGCUUCCUACAAGGGGGCCCUGUUCAGCGUGACAGUGGAGGCUCUGGCCAAGCAGGGCGCCCAAGGCUCAGGGCCACUGUGGAAGUUGCCAAGGCAUAUCAUGCCCUCCGUUGGAGUGGCAGCCAAUCCCUUGGGCAAUGGGCCGAAUCUUCAGGCAUUACAGGAGAAUGAUGCCGUUUUGUUAGAAGCCAUCUGCCAGCUGCAGGCUGGGUGUAAGCUUCCUGGACACUCACCCCUCAAGCCUUUUGAACCUGGAAUCAGCUUUGUUAAGGAGUGCAACCUGCUCAUGUACAGAGAGAUGAAGAGACCGAAGGUCUGGAUUGUCCCAGAACAAAUCCGGAAGGAUCUGAUCUACUCUGUGCAUGAUGUCCCUCCAGGUCCCCACGCUGACCCAGAGGAGACCCUCAGGAGGGUGAGGAUGCUAGGCUGGUGGCCUAAGAUGCAUGGGCAGGUGAAAGCCUACUGCAGGUGCUGCUUGUUCUGUACCUCAAUAAACAACCUGAGCAAGGAGUCCAAAUGUAUGCAGACCCAGUGGAACUCCACGGCAGCAGUACCCUGGUCCAAUCUUCAGAUUGAUGUGAUUGGGCCCGUGCCUGCCAGUGAGGAGGGCCACAGGCAUGUGCUGAUUGUGGCCGACUCCUAUUCCUCCUGGACAGAAGCUUUCCCACUGAAGUCCUUCACGCAGAUGGCUGUGGCCCAGGUGCUGCUCCAGCAGGUCUUUUCCCGAUGGGGGUUGCCGGUGAGGCUGGAGGCAGCCCAGGGAUCUCAGUUUGCCAGGCAUGUCCUAAUGAGCUGUGGCUUGGUGCUGGGAGCCAAGCUGGGCAGUAUCUCUGGGGAUAUCCAGCCUGCUGAACUGAGGGAUAGGAACUCAACCCAGGCCUUUAAGAAUUUGUUGAAGGAGUUUAUCAUCCUUCACGGAAAGACCUGGGCCAGCUGCCUACCCCUUCUGCAUAUGACCUUUAGAGCCCUGGAGUCUGGACCCACACCUUUUGCAGUUGUGACGGGGGGUGAGAUGAGACUGGCCGAAUCUUUGUGGUGGGAGCUCAGCGGGGCCCAUGUUGAGGGGCUGAAGAUGGAUGUGUUCUUACAGCAGCUGAAAAGUAAUGUACUAGAAAGUCAACUGCAGGCAGCUCUGGCCUCUGGGGACCAGGCUGUCCUAGCUGAGAGGAGCUACUUCCAGCAGGAAGUGCAGGGGAAGGAGUGGAAUGUGGGAGACCAAGUCCUGCUCUUGAACUUCCCCAAACCUGGCACAGCUCGGUGGGUUGGACCCUAUUAUAUUGUAGACAGGCUGAGUCCUUCUCUGUACAGAGUCUGGGGUUACCCAACUCCAGGGAAGCUAGGAGUCACAUACCCCACUAACUUGAUGAAGUCAUACCCCCAGGGUGGUGCUCCCUUGCCCUCAGUAAUAUUAGAACAGUUGGAGUAACCCCUGCCCCCUUGUUUUGGAGUGGGGGGAAGGAUGCUUUAUCUCUCCCCCUAUUCAUGUAUGCAGUGGCUCAUACAUAGCCUCUCCUAGGCUUUGGCUAAGAACUAAUCUCCUGGAGAAAAGUUCCUGAUUUGAGAUUAUUCAGAGACUAUGCAAAGACCUUUCUCCAUCAGUUCCCCUGGCAACUUUUCCCAGUAGUAGUUUAUAUAGUAUCUGUUACCUGGUCUGGCUCAGCCAACCUAUUCUUUCUUUUCAGAAGUCAGCCCCAAAUUUCAUCCCUGACAAGCCUUAACCUGUCCCCAGGUCCUCUGAGUGGGAACCUGGAUAAACCAACCCCUUCUCCCAGGGAGAGAAGUCUCAGCAGGGAUUCCUUUCUUUACCUAUUCCAGUGUGGGAUCAUCUAGCAUUGUCUUUGCCAGAACUUCUCAAAACCUAGUGGGCUGAGUAAGAGCAGCAAUCCCUGAGAGGAUGUAGGCUCUAUUGACAGGCCGCAUGGUCAUUUCUCUCAGGCCACACGGUCAUUUCUCUCAGGCCACACUUAGGCUCAAUCAGUGAACUUGGAAAGAUUGUCCCCUGGUCCCCUCAGCAUGUUAAUGUUGAGGUCCUUGAUGGUGCUGAAUCCAAAGGGAUCCUAUUUAGAAAUUAUUGGAGAGGGGGCAGCUAGGUGGCACAGUGGAUAAAGCAUUGGCCUUGGAUUCAGGAGGACCUGAGUUCAAAUCCAGUCUCAGACACUUGACACUAGCUGUGUGACCCUGGGCAAGUCACUUAACCCUUGUAGCCCCGCAAAACCCCAAAAAACAAAAAAAAAUUACACAAAACAAAACCCAGAAAUUAUUGGAGCUAGGUCUGGAUUCUCAGAAUGUACUGUCCUGCCCCCCGCCUCCUCCCCCCCCCAAACACACCCCAAACCCAUUAUGACUCCUCAAGGGCCAUUAAUGGAAACCUCUGGGCCAAGAGUCCUGAGGGAUAGAAGAAUAGGUAGUUCUGGGAAGGGACUCUUCCUACCUCAUUUUACUCCAUCUCCCCAAACCCCAUCCUAUGAGAGUUUCUGCACUCUAGAAAUCUUGAUGCUAAGUGUGGGAUUGCUGAGCCAGAAGAGCUUGUCUUGACUUGUCCAAGGAGCUCAAUUCUUUGUUCCAAGGGGGUGGUGAAGUUGAGUCCGGUGUUGCUAUGGCAACAAGAAUACCGGAACUCUGUUACCUUCCCCUGCACCAGCUCCUUCUCCCUGCUCCAAACACACACAUGCUGCAUUUGUGAAAUAGCUUUGCAUUAUACCUCUGUGGAUGGGACCUUAUGCAUGUGCCUUCUAUGUAAUAGGAAAAUGGAUCUCAUUCAUCAAACCCUCACCCUUUCUCACCCAAGUAUGGGACUUUAAUGUAUGUCUUCCCUGUAAUGGGAAAAAUUGGGGCCUCCCCCGCCCCCCAGGAAGUAACCUUUGACCUAUAUUGUGCCCCAAUGGGACUUUAUGUGUCUUUUGGGAAAUGGGUUUGAUUCCUAUUGUACUCAGUCCCUCAUCUACAAGCCAACCAUUUCCUUAUUUUGCUUUGUAGUAACUAGUGGGGGGAGUGAGUCUUAAUUUGAUUUGUAGAUAAACAGCUUAAACUGGAGUGAGCUUACAGGAAGGCCUUUUGGAUAGAAAUCAGGCUGGUAUUGAGGAAGGGGGAAAAACUCAAAUUGUAUUGUGGGCCUGACUUACUGAGUUUAGAGGUAGAAGAUCUCAUUCAUGCAUCUAUCCCUCAUUUUACAGAAAAGGGAAUUGAUGUUUGUUGACUUAUCCAAAGUUACAUACCUGACUAAUGGCAGUCAUUUGAUUUUGAGUGCUAUUUCUUCCCUGUUCCUGUGGCUGAGGGAUGAAUAGUUCAGGGCAGAAACAAAGGCAGCUACACACUUUUUAGCAAUGGUUUAAACUUUUUACCUCCUCUUACUGUACCCGAUGGAAAAAAUUGUUUCCUUAGAUCAGGCUUAGUCCUUACUGCCAUUGGCUUCCUUGCUAUUUCUUGCUCUUUCUCUUGAUAACCCGGUGACCCUACCCUUCAUCCCUCAGUUGAGAUCUGAAAUAGUAGGGAACCGUUUGUGUGUGUUCAAGUCACUUGAACAAUCUCACAGGACCACAUAGACAUCUUCCCCCAACCCUCCCAAAGUGGUCCAUGGUAACUCUACCAUACUUUAUACCUUUUGUUGUUGUUUUUGACUCUUCAUGACCCUAUUUGUAGUUUUCUUGGCAAAGAUACUGGAAUGGUUUGCCAUUUCCUUCUCCGGCUCAUUUUACAGAUGGGGAAAUUGAGGCAAAC